AUGUUGGACGCCCUUGACACUUGCAGAGUGUCACAGAAGUCUGAACAUUCCGUCUUAUUCGCAAUCAAGAACUGCGGGACCACAAGGCAAUGGAGGGCAGCGCUGCAACUGUUCCACGAAGCGUGUCGGUUACGCUCAGCAGUCGGCCUUGGAUCUUACAUGGCGAUCAUCGGCGCUUGCAGCAAAGGUCGGCAGUGGCAAGGGGCUUUGGCGCUGCUCGGCGAGAUGUGGGAGGCGAAGCUGGAGCCCGACGUCAUCGGCUACAACGCCGGGAUCAGCGCGUGCGAGAAGGGAGGGCAGUGGCAGCGGGCCGUGGCGCUGCUCGGCGAGAUGGGGAGGGCGAAGCUCGAGCCCGACUCAGCUACAACGCUGGGAUCAGCGCGUGCGUGA